AAUUAAUAAUAAAUUUGUAUUAAAAUGCCAUCAUAUGAGUUAUUUUUGGUCUUAAGGCAGAUGUCCCGACCUGAACUGGUGUCGGCAUUGAAAAGAACCGCAGAAUCCAUUCUCGACAAGGGAGGCAUUAUACGGCGUUUACAAAAUUUAGGCUCCAGGGCUUUGCCCUAUAAAAUAAGUGAACAAGGUCUCGUCCAUCGGGAAGGUACAUAUUUUGCAAUAAAUUUCGAUGCUGCUCCUGGUAAAAUAUCCGAUUUGAAGGAAGAGUUUGGUCGUGAUGUAGACAUAAUACGACGCAAUGUUUACAAAAUGGAGGAACCGGAAAAAUAUGAAUGCACCCUGCACGAGGAAAUGCUGCCACCCGCAUACCGCAAAGAUGUUCAAGAGAUGAUUGAAAUAGCAAAGAAAAAACAAAAACCAAAAUAUAAUUACAAUUCGGGAUUGGACUACUAUCCAUUCCAAAAAUAAAGUUCAUAUGA